CUGAUUUUAAUCUGUUACAAUUUAUUUCUAGAGCUUAAAAUGAUUAAUCAAGAUUAUGAGAGACGAUUGUUACGACAGCAUAAUGGACAAAAUAAUCUUACUCCUGCACCUUCACCUGAAGCUAGAGGAAGAUUGUUGACUUCUAUUAAUUCUCCAUCAAAAGAUAUUUAUGGAGAUCGUUUUAUUCCAAGACGUGCUGGUGCAAAUUGGCAAGUUAAUUUUUCUAUGAUACAGGAGGAAAAUACAAAAUGUCCUACACAGACAAAAAAAGCUAAGGAUGCUACUACAGAUAAUAACAAAGAUGGAGUUGCUUAUACUUGUCUUUUAAAAAAUGAACUAUUGGGUACAUCAAUUGAAGAUGUUAAGGAACAGACAGAAGAAAGAAAAGCAUUGUCUCCUGCCGAAGGAAGAAAUCUCUUUCAUUAUCGAAGUAGAGAAGGGAGUACUUUAAAUGAACCAUCAUCAUCAUAUUCACUUUCACCCGUUAGCAAUAAAAGUCAAAAGCUCUUGAGAUCUCCUCGAAAGGCUGCUCGAAAAAUCUCUAAAAUACCUUUCAAAGUAUUAGAUGCACCUGAGCUUCAAGAUGAUUUUUAUUUAAAUUUAGUUGAUUGGUCUUCAACUAAUGUUUUGAGUGUUGGAUUAGGUACUUGUGUGUACCUAUGGAGUGCAUGUACCUCGCAAGUGACACGGCUUUGUGAUCUUUCAGCUGAUAGUGAUUCUGUCACAUCAGUUUCUUGGGCUGAAAGGGGCCAUUCAGUAGCAGUGGGUACUCAUAAGGGCUAUGUUCAAGUUUGGGAUGUGACAGGAAGUAAACGUAUUUCAGUCUUAGAAGGUCAUUCAGCAAGAGUUGGUGCUCUUGCAUGGAAUGGUGACAUUUUAUCUUCUGGAAGUAGGGAUCGCCUUAUCUUACAAAGAGAUGUGCGCAUGCCAUCUGUUGUUCCUGAAAGAAGACUAGGAGGACACAGACAAGAAGUGUGUGGAUUAAAGUGGUCACCGGACAAUCAACAUUUAGCAUCUGGUGGAAAUGAUAAUAAAUUGUUUGUUUGGAAUUUAAGUAGUAUUAGCCCUAUACAAACUUAUAAUGAACAUUUAGCUGCUGUUAAAGCAAUUGCAUGGUCACCUCAUCAUCAUGGGUUAUUAGCCAGUGGCGGAGGUACUGCCGAUAGGUGUAUUCGAUUUUGGAAUACCUUGACUGGUCAGCCAAUGCAGUGUGUUGAUACUGGUUCUCAAGUUUGUAAUUUAGCAUGGUCAAAGCAUGCGUCAGAACUUGUAAGCACCCAUGGCUAUUCUCAGAACCAGAUUUUAGUUUGGAAAUAUCCCUCACUCACUCAAGUUGCCAAAUUAACAGGGCAUUCAUACAGAGUUCUUUAUUUAGCUAUGUCACCUGAUGGAGAGUCAAUAGUUACAGGAGCAGGAGAUGAAACACUUAGGUUUUGGAAUGUGUUCAGCAAAGCUCGUUCACAAAAGGAAGCAAAGUCGGCUCUGAAUCUUUUUACAAGCAUUCGAUGAAAAUACUAAAGCAGUUCAACUGCCUGACAAAAUUUUUUUUUGUUUUGUUUUGUUUUGUAUAGAAAUAUUUCUGUUGAGUUUUUCAUAUUUUGUUGUUAAAAAUUUGACAAGAAUCAUACAUCAUCUUUAGAUAAUAAAUGAUGACAAAUUUUUUUGUAAAUUUUUUGGUUUUUUAAUCAGAAUUCUGAUUGUGUCAGUUUUAUUGUAAUAUUGCCUUUGUAUAGUUUUGAUAAUAAAUGUGACAUUUACUUUCUUAUUUAA